AUGUUAAGAACUUCAUGGAGAUGGUGGUUUGUAAUUUCCAUCCUUAAAGCCUCCUUUGGCGCCUCCUCCUGUGGCCUCCUCCUGUGGCCCUGGCCUCCUCCUGUGGCCCUGCCUCCUCCUGUGGCCUCCUCCUGUGGCCCUGGCCUCCUCCUGUGGCCCUGCCUCCUCCUGUGGCCUCCUCCUGUGGCCCUGCCUCCUCCUGUGGCCUCCUCCUGUGGCCCUGCCUCCUCCUGUGGCCUCCUCCUGUGGCCCUGCCUCCUCCUGUGGCCUCCUCCUGUGGCCCUGCCUCCUCCUGUGGCCCUGCCUCCUCCUGUGGCCUCCUCCUGUGGCCCUGCCUCCUCCUGUGGCCUCCUCCUGUGGCCCUGCCUCCUCCUGUGGCCCUGCCUCCUCCUGUGGCCCUGCCUCCUCCUGUGGCCUCCUCCUGUGGCCCUGCCUCCUCCUGUGGCCUCCUCCUGUGGCCCUGGCCUCCUCUUGUGGCCCUGGCCUCCUCCUGUGGCCCUGGCCUCCUCCUGUGGCCUCCUCCUGUGGCCCUGGCCUCCUCCUGUGGCCCUGCCUCCUCCUGUGGCCCUGCCUCCUCCUUUGGCCUCCUCCUGUGGCCUCCUCCUGUGGCCCUGCCUCCUCCUGUGGCCCUGGCCUCCUCCUGUGGCCCUGGCCUCCUCCUGUGGCCCUGGCCUCCUCCUGUGGCCCUGGCCUCCUCCUGUGGCCCUGCCUCCUCCUGUGGCCCUGCCUCCUACUGUGGCCCUGGCCUCCUCCUGUGGCCCUGCCUCCUCCUGUGGCCCUGGCCUCCUCCUGUGGCCUCCUCCUGUGGCCCUGGCCUCCUACUGUGGCCCUGGCCUCCUCCUGUGGCCCUGCCUCCUCCUGUGGCCUCCUCCUGUGGCCCUGGCCUCCUCCUGUGGCCUCCUCCUGUGGCCCUGGCCUCCUACUGUGGCCCUGGCCUCCUCCUGUGGCCCUGGCCUCCUCCUGUGGCCCUGCCUCCUCCUGUGGCCCUGGCCUCCUCCUGUGGCCUCCUCCUGUGGCCCUGGCCUCCUCCUGUGGCCCUGCCUCCUCCUGUGGCCCUGCCUCCUCCUGUGGCCCUGGCCUCCUCCUGUGGCCCUGGCCUCCUCCUGUGGCCCUGGCCUCCUCCUGUGGCCUCCUCCUGUGGCCCUGCCUCCUCCUGUGGCCUCCUCCUGUGACCCUGGCCUCCUCCUGUGGCCCUGGCCUCCUACUGUGGCCUCCUCCUGUGGCCUCCUCCUGUGGCCCUGCCUCCUCCUGUGGCCUCCUCCUGUGGCCUCCUCCUGUGGCCCUGGCCUCUUCCUGUGGCCUCCUCCUGUGGCCCUGCCUCCUCCUGUGGCCUCCUCCUGUGGCCCUGCCUCCUCCUGUGGCCUCCUCCUGUGGCCCUGCCUCCUCCUGUGGCCUCCUCCUGUGGCCCUGCCUCCUCCUGUGGCCCUGCCUCCUCCUGUGGCCUCCUCCUGUGGCCCUGCCUCCUCCUGUGGCCUCCUCCUGUGGCCUCCUCCUGUGGCCCUGCCUCCUCCUGUGGCCUCCUCCUGUGGCCUCCUCCUGUGGCCCUGGCCUCCUCCUGUGGCCUCCUCCUGUGGCCCUGCCUCCUCCUGUGGCCUCCUCCUGUGGCCCUGCCUCCUACAGAUAAGAACUCUGUCUCUGCUUCCGACUCCUUCUUUCUCCUUUUUAACUGAGAAACCGCAACGCAAGCCAAUUAUCUGUGAGUGCAGCUUCACGGACAACGGCUGA